CAGUUAAACUAUAUUGGAACAUCUAAAGUACCCCGCCAUGCGGCAACUUGGUUUCACCGGAAUGUUUGAUAUUUUUGUCUUACUUUCAUUAACGCAUUAUCAGUGGGGUUUCAAAGGUUUAAGACCGACCGUGAUUAUAUUCGAUAAAUGAAGUGCUUGGAUUAUGUAUUAGUUAACAGAAUGUCAUUCACAUAUGUGUUUUUUGUAAUAGUUUCGAUAUUUUAAAUAACACUAUUAUUCCACAUAAAGUGGAAAUACUGUGAUCAUUUAUGAGUAUUUAUACUUAACAAUUGAAUACAAGGAACAACGUUGAGUACAAUAUAAAUUAGCGGAAAAAAACCCCAUUUAAAUUACGUUCUAAACUUAUUCAAAUCAAAUCGUGUCGGUAGAAACUUAAGUGGAGUAAUAAUUCAAUAAAUUUAAAUAUACAAAUGAAGCAAAAUGUUUCAACUGGGCUAUCUUAAUGGUGUGAUCAAAAUAACGUGCGACAGUUAAAAUUUAAAUUUACAAAGGAUUUAAAUAUCAAAACAUCCACAUUCAACACAUUGUCGUGAAAGGAAUACAAUUUACAUAAAUGUAAUAAGUAAAAAAACGUAUAAUAAAACAUGAAAGGGACAGUUCAUAUUGUAGUUUUAGGAAAGGAAAAUGUUGGAAAAACAGCGGUUGCAGUACGAUAUUUGACAGGAAGGUAUUUGACGGAAUAUGCGCACGCACCGGAAAUGACGUACGAAAGAAAUGUUAAUGUCGAUGGAAAACAUGUGCCAUUGAAAAUUACAGACAUUUCUAGAAAGCAAAUUGAACAGAGAUCAGGAAACAAGGAAUUUUUAAACAAAGUAGAUGGUAUAGUUGUGGUGUAUGCAAUAAAUGACAGACAUAGUUUUGAAUUUGCUGAGGGCAUCUGUGAUUGGAUAAGACGAGAGAAAAAGCCAUCUACGCAAGUGCCUGUUGUUUUGCUUGGAAACAAAGCAGAUUUAACUCAUGACAGGUGUGUGAGUUGCCAGAAAACAGAGGAACUGAAAUGGAGGCACGACGGUUAUCUGGUAACAGAAUGUUCAGCAUCAACUGAAGUGGUAGAGGUUAACAAGGUUUUCAAUACCCUUAUCAAUAAAAUAUUAGAAAAAAGAGAAUCUUCAUCAAAGUCACCUAGAAGACUUUCACAGAAUCCUUUGGGAUCACCUAAAAUUAUUCGCGCCUCAUUGAAAAGACGUUUUAGUGUGUUUACUAGAGAACGGACAUCAACAAUGUGAUAUGCAGCUUUUACCAGCAUUUUUUAUGGUAAAAUACACUGUUUUACACUGAGAGUAGAAAUUUAUGUAUGUGAAGAAAAAGUGAUAAAACGAUGAAGUGUGUAUAAACAUCUUUAUAGAAGAUACUUACCGCUGUACGAAGCUCUAUCUUCUAAUUAUUGGUUCUGCUAAUAUGUUCAUUGUAAAUUCCUGGAAAUAAAUGCUAUUUUUAUAAAA